ACUCAAGUGUUUCCGAUUCCCCUUCCCAUGAUUUCUGGUGUCUUAUUAUGGCAGGGAGAAGAGAUGAGGCUAAAUACAGAUGAGUGUUACAUACAGAGAAAACAGAGAAGCUUUUCUUCAAACCUUACUGCGGGGAGGUCGAAGCAAGAUACAGUAGCUUUCCUCCGGCAAAAGUUGUUAAAGGGGAUGUUGUCAUGGCUUCUCUCCAAAACCAAGUGUUAGAAAAAAAAAAACAUACCUUAAGGUUUUCAUCGGCUGUGCUCGCUAAAAAAAAAAAAACGUCACACGAACCUUUACUGAGACCGCUUUAUGUAAAUCGAGGUAAAAAAUGAACAUUUUAAAAAACAUCAAACGGGGCUGUGACUAGUGACUCGCCGUUCCUUGCAAUUUGAACCUCUCUCUCACACACACAUAUAUAUAUGUGUGUGUUUAAACAGGUUCUGUCGCGUAAAGAGAAUGAGGAUUGCGUGUCGCUUCUGAUAUACAGUUCUGAUCAUCCAAGACAGAUCUAAAAAAAAAAUAAUAAAAACAGACCAGAUGAGAAAGCGCCCUGAUGCGCGUCCCCGAUGCAGUGCCAAGCGCGUCCCCGCCCCCACCAGUUCUGCUCCCUUUUCUUCAAGCUCAUUUCCAUGACGUCUAAAAAGACCUGAUCUGGGGAAAACGAUUCUUCGUUGUGAUCCAGCAUCCAAGUGAUGUGUUGGUGCACUGAAAAGGCAGCAUCAGGGCUCUAAGCAGCAGAUUCUCCUGUUACUCCAUUGAGCGUGCUUCGUAGCAGACCUGCAUUCUAAGCAACCAUAUAGAAAAAAGGCUUCAUUACAUUCACAUCACGUCUUCGGUUUUUUUUCCCCCUUUGCCUCAGCCACAGCAGGAGUAGAGAGAGAGGGAGAGGGAAAGGAGAGGGAGAGAGAGAUCCAACAAUCUUUAAACUCUAGUCUUUUUCAGACGGUCAAAAAUUCCACCGCAAAAGGUCGUUUUUCAUUCCUUUGCAGGAAUCAAUCUGAAGCUAGUUGGGACCACCCGAUUCUUCUUAUUUCUCAGAGGCGAUGUAAAGUUAGACCCCAGCAAAAACGAUGCUGUGAACUGGCUUUCAUUUAUAACUUCAUCCGGUCUACAAAGAAGGAUGCUGUGGAUAACUCUAUUAAGCACAAUAGCUUUAGGAUGGACUACACCAAUCCCCUUGCUGGAGGACUCAGAGGAAAUAGAUGAGCCUUGUUUUGACCCCUGCUACUGUGAAGUUAAGGAAAGUCUUUUCCACAUACAUUGCGACAGCAAAGGAUUUACAAAUAUUAGCCAGAUUUCACAGUCAUGGACGAGGCCAUUCAAACUUUACCUGCAAAGAAACUCCAUGCGAAAGCUGUAUUUUAACAGUUUUCUGCAUCUGAACAAUGCCGUGUCAAUUAACUUGGGAAACAACGCGCUGCAGGACAUCCACGCAGGUGCGUUUAACGGCUUAAGCGCUUUAAAACGACUGUAUUUACACGAAAACAAGCUGGAAGUGUUUAGAAAUGACACUUUUAUGGGACUUGAGAGUCUGGAAUACCUGCAGGCUGAUUACAACGUCAUCAAACGGAUUGAAAGUGGAGCAUUUAGAAACCUGAAUAAACUGAGGGUACUUAUUCUGAAUGACAAUUUGAUCCCUUUGCUGCCGAACUUUCUGUUCAGGUCCGUGUCUUUAACACACCUUGACCUGAGGGGAAACAGAUUAAAACAUCUGCCUUACAGGGGCACGUUGGAAUAUAUCGGCAGGAGUCUAAUGGAGAUUCAGCUGGAGGAAAAUCCUUGGAACUGUAUCUGUGACAUUGUGCAGUUAAAAACCUGGCUGGAGAGAAUUCCUUACACUGCUCUAGUUGGCGAAAUAACGUGCGAAUCCCCGUUCCAUUUCCAUGGCAAAGAUCUGAGGGAAAUUAAAAGGAGUGAGCUGUGCCCCUUGCUGUCUGACGCAGAGGUGGAAGCUAGUUUGGGAAUUCCCCGUUUGCCGUUUAAUAAUGAGAAUACGUGGCCCACAAAGCCGUCGUCGAUGCUCUCCUCCUACCAUAACACUGCCUCCUCAGUCGAAUAUAAGACACCGGAUAAGCAGUCCAGGCCAACUAAAAGGCCAAGACUUCCGAAGAUGCCACCCACUCCACGCACCAUUUACCCUGGUAAAAAUCUGCCUCCCAUAGAACCGUACCAGACAAGACCGCCUAUACCGAUCAUUUGUCCUACUGGAUGUAUGUGCAAUUUACACAUCAAUGAUUUAGGAUUGACGGUCAAUUGCAAAGAAAAGGGGUUUCAUAACAUAUCAGAACUCCUUCCCAGACCGCUUAACGCAAAGAAGCUUUACUUAAGUGGAAAUCUGAUACAGAAAAUAUAUAGGUCCGACUUCUGGAACUUCUCGAGUUUGGAUUUACUGCAUCUGGGUAACAACAGGAUUUCUUAUGUCCAAGAAGGGGCUUUCAUUAAUCUUCCCAAUUUGAAAAGCCUGUACUUAAAUGGGAACGAUAUUGAGAAACUCAGCCCUGGUAUGUUUAGAGGGCUGCAGUCUUUACGGUAUUUGUACUUUGAAUAUAACGUGAUCAGAGAAAUCCAGCCCGCUGCGUUUAGUUUAAUGCCCAGUUUGCAGCUGGUGUUUCUCAAUGACAACCUGCUCAGAACGCUGCCUGCUGACGCUUUUGCGGGCACUUCGCUUGCGAGGCUGAAUCUCAGAAAUAACUACUUUCUCUAUUUGCCCGUGAGCGGGGUUCUUGAGCACCUUAACUCCAUCGUGCAGAUUGACCUGCACCAGAAUCCCUGGGACUGCACGUGUGACAUAAUACCUCUCAAGCUAUGGAUGGAAAAGCUCAGUUCUGUUAUAGUGGUAGGGGAGGUAAUCUGUAAAACCCCCGAGUUCGUGUUUGGGAAGGAUCUGAGGUCCCUAGACGCAGAACUCCUGUGCCCAGAGCUAAAGUACUCAGCACCAUCACCGGCUCUGCCAGAGGACAUGAUUUCAACGAGUAAUUCUGGUUUAGGGUUCUCUCCGACAAGGGGCGCUAUUCCUCUGUCUGUGCUCAUUCUCAGUCUUUUAAUCUUAUUUAUCUCGGCCGUUUUCGUUGCUGCUGGACUUUUUGCUUUCGUGUUAAGGAGGCGCAAGAAACUGCCUUUCAGGAAAAGGCAAGAAGUAGACCUGACGGGCAUUCAGAUGCAGUGUAGGAUGUUUGAGGACCGGCAAAACGUCUCGCCGGAAAAAGCUCCCGGCCAUGUGUAUGAUUAUAUUCCCCAUCCCGUGACACAGAUGUGCAACAAUCCCAUUUACAAACCGCGCGAGGGAGAAAUUGAAGAGCAGUUUGCCGAGACUAAAGAAAACAACACAAACUAUAGGACUUUAAUAGAGAAGGAGAAGGAAUGGACUAUGGCAUUGUCCACUUCCAAGCUCAACACUAUAGUUGCCAUCAACCAGUCAGGGGAAAUGGGCGGUUUUCAUGAAAAUGGCGUUCUGUGUCCCACUGUUACAGACAGGGAGAGACCCGCGCCCACAGUGGGGUUUGUGGACUGUCUGUACGGCACAGUGCCCAAGUUAAAGGACUUGCACGCACACCCCCCAGGCAUGCAAUAUCCCGAUUUACAGCAAGACGCCAGACUGAAAGAAACUCUGCUUUUCACGACGGGAAAAGGAUUGCCUGACCAAACCCAAAGCGAAUACCUCGAGUUAAGGGCCAAACUCCAAACCAAGCCGGAUUACCUCGAAGUCCUGGAGAAAUCAACAUAUCGAUUCUAACUACAGAGAAAACCUUUUUUUUUCAUAGCCCAAAAAGCAGCAUGAUGAUAACUAAAUAUUAAAAGAUAAGAAAUAUUUUCCCCAAGUUGUUUUGGAGGAAAGGCCAUACUCAGAUAUUCAAUGAAGUGCCUUUUUACAGAGUAGCCAGCAAUGUUGUCAAUCAUUAUUUUUAUACUGAACAGAUUUGUUUGUGUCGACGCGGGCACGGGGAGCUCUUACUUCUAAAUACUAGAUGAAGCCUUCUUUCAGUGGGAAGACAUCACUCGUACCUGAACGUGCGAGAAAUAUGAUGUCUGUGUGGCUGUGUUAUAUGUAGAAUUGCCCAAGGCACAGUUUGUAGAUUAAUGCAGUUUGCCGCAUGUGUUCAACUGCUGGUGUGGGUAUCGCUCAAAAGAUCAUUCACUUAAUAAUGGAGAUACUGCAACGCAUUACUGUUCAGUGUUCUAUUUAAUUUUAUAUAUUCAAGGACACAUGAGCUAUGUAUCAAGGACGCACCUAAGGAUCAUCAUUUGUGAAUAUAAUAUGACGCUCAAGAUUUUAUGGAGGCCAACGCACUUUCUUAAAAGCUUCUGGAUAUUAUCACUAACAGCUUUGUAGGAAGCACUUUUAAUGUUUUCUCUCUCACAAAGAUUUGAAAAAAAAUGUGCAUAUAUUUAUUCUGUAAUUUCAGUGAAAAUUUAAUUGUAAAGGUAAUGUUAAAUCAAUGUAUAGUGAUUAUGCGUCUGGUAUAGCCUUCUUAAUAAAACCUCUGAAAUCAAAUAAAGGGUGCUAAAAAUAUAAAAUUUGUGACUAAAUAUCAAAGGUAAGGUAAAUGACACUGGAUCGUUAUUAUUGGGUAUAUAAUAUUUUGUAAAAAUUCAAUUCCACAUAUUUAUGAAUAUACAGUACAUACAGUAUGAGCUUGUUGGAGGAUAUUAAAAGUCUUCAGAUUCGGGUACAAAAAGCAAUAGCGGUAGGUUUGGAAUACCUCCUGAUCUAGUAGAUUUUGAAUACUGCUGAUUUCAUGGUGUAAAAAAGAAAGGAAAACUUUUGCAGUCAAAACUGCUUCGUAUUUCAAUUCGUGAAAUUGUUUUUUAACCUUGUUUAAUUUUGAAAUAUCACAACCUAGAUUUAACUGCAUGUAUCGAUACUUACGGCAAGUGGUUUCAUUUUGAGACAGUAUCAAAUUUACGUGUACUCCACGCACUGCAAACUGUUAGUUAUUUCUUUCUCCACAAGAGGGCAACAUUUAACAUUGAUUUUAUGUGUGGGUUUGUUUAUCCAUGCACCACAAUCGUGUAAAUUGAGCAGUGCAGAAAGUAUCAGAUAAUUAGAAUAUGCGGUUUUCUUUUUUUUAAGGGGAGAGAUUUUAAUUGAUAAAAUUCUUCGUUGUGCUUCUAUAGAAGAUAAGCAAUGAUUUUACUGUUUUUUGGGGGUAUUUUUGUAGACAUCGAUUAAUGUUUGCUUCAAUAUACAGUAUUGUCAAACAUUGAAAAGUUUAAUUUUAUUGCAUUAAUAUAGGUCUGAAAGGGACAUUCAGUCUGGGGUUGCAAACUUGCAUAGAGUUUAAGACUUUAGAGGGUAAAUGGUAGCAUUUUAGUUUUUACUUUAGAAAUAAGCAGCACUGUAAUUUUAGGAGAUUCUUUCUAAAGCCAAGUGGGGCUCUUGGGAGCACUACAGUUGCACUACUUUUAUGCUUUUUAUGGUACAAAACAGAACAAUUUAUAGAUUUGCGCUCAUAUUUCCAAAGUAUUUGGGAAAUUAAAUAUUUUCCCUAAAAUUAAUUUAAUCUUUCAUAAUAAUAUCAGAAACAUAAAUAUAUAGGCUUGUACAAUACGCUACUGAGUAAUCAGAACAUCUUCCUGUCUGUUAGACAUGUACCUCAUGUAGCAUUAUUGUGAAUAAUUGUAGAAUAAUUCUGAAUAUUAUAUUUUUGCAUUUAACAUGAAUGUUCAUUGCUUUUUUUAAAUUUAGUUUGACAAUCAUGUUGCAGAGAUACCCACGGAGAACUACAAUUAUGCUUUCACUUAUAAUUUCAAAGAAUCUUUCUAUGCCAAUGAGAUUCUACAGUAGGUGCAAAUAUAUAAUUUUGAAUCAAGCUUCCUCUACAGUAUUUCAUAAUCAUAGACAACAGUUCCUGUUCAUCAGUAGCUUUCUGGUUUGCAUGAACUCUGUAAAGUAGUGUUCAGCUUUAAAAUAUUAAUUCUGCUGUUUAAUAUUAUGUAAAAUGAUUUGCCAAAAAUCCAUCUUUAUAUUGCUGGUGAUGUAUAAGAUGGACUUUAAUAUAUCAUUCUGAGUAAUGUCUGAAAUUUAGACAACUUUUAACUUUAGGAGUAAAGAUCUUUAAAUUAAUCUGGUCAAAUUUUUGUAAAUCUUAAUUCAACAAAAAUAUUUUUCUUUAAUAUUAUAUAUGUAGCUGAGAAAAUACUUUUUAAUGUUGCUUAUCAAUACAAUAUAGUGUGUAUGAGUUUUCCAAGUUAAUAAAUGUAUUACUGAUCUACCUGUACACUUUUUAUUCUAAAGCAAGAACUAAGGUGUGCAUUGUGAUCUUUGCUCAAAUGGAAUUUAAUGAAUAGUUGUGCAUUAUAGCUGUGGAUUUUAAUUUUUAAUUCAAAAGUGAAGGCAAGCAGGACUGUUGUGUUUCAUUAAUGUGUGAAAGACACUUUUACCAUUUCAUAUAAACUCAGAGUUGGAAAACUGAAAAAAGCAAACUCAAAUCUUCAUGUUUUGUACAUUUUUGUACUGUAAUUUCAUGAAAGAGAACACUUUAGGUCAGUAGUAUGUAUUAUGUCUCUAAUGCUUAUGGUUUAAAACAGAGCCAACAUUGCUAUGUAGAAUCUGCAUCUUGAUUUGAUCCAGCUGUGAAAACGUCAGUGGAAGAUAAGAUUUCUAAUAAAAGUUUGGUUAUCACAUGUGCAAUACUACUAUAUAAUCAUCGCAGACUCUUGGAGUGCAGUUGUUGUCAUUUACAUUCAGAUUAGAACCAACAAGAAGUCCUGGUUUAUUCAAAACCUCCCUUGCCAAGACUUGAUCCUAAAUACUGUAACUAGACAACUGAAAUCCCUGCACAAAAAGGUAUUUCCAGGGGGUGAGAAAGCUAUUAAUAGAAUUAUUUGGGCAGAAUUUUUUGAGAAAAACAACUUAAAGCUAUCGCUCUACAUCAGUGGUCUCACCUCUCGGAGAGUAAUAAGUGCUGUUCAGACUGCUGAAAAGUUGCACGCAUUCAUUUCUUACUUUCCAGAGAUGUUAAUGUGAAAGACUUGUAAAGGCUGAAGAUGGACUGUCCCUGACAUACAGUAAGCAUGUGUCUCCUGUUUCAUCUAAUAUAUGGUAGAAUCUAACAGCUGUAGAAAAUCAAACUC